UUAGUAAGUCAGACGGUCAAUCGAGUUUGGUACCGCGACCACGAAUUUUUUGGUACUGAAGUGUCAGUGCCAUCAGUCUAAAUUUUUGAUUAUUUUUUUCGCAGAAAUAAAAAACAAAUAAAAAAUCAUGCCGCGAAUUAAGCAGAAAGUGUGCAUUGUUGGAAGUGGCAACUGGGGUUCGGCUAUCGCAAAAAUUAUUGGUGCAAAUGCCGUCAAAUUUAACAAUAAGUUUGAAGAAAGAGUCACCAUGUACGUUUAUGAAGAGAUGAUAGAUGGCAAAAAAUUGACUGAAAUUAUUAAUGAACAGCAUGAAAACGUCAAAUACCUUCCUGGCCAUAAACUUCCAGCCAAUAUAGUGGCUGUUCCAGAUGUAGUGGAAGCAGCCAAGGAUGCUGAUAUUCUUGUUUUCGUAGUUCCUCAUCAAUUCAUUCCUCCGCUCUGUAGCACUUUACUUGGAAAAAUUAAGCCAACAGCAGUGGGAUUGUCGUUGAUCAAGGGAUUCGCCCAAGGAGCUGAUAAAAGUAUUGAACUCAUAUCCAAGAUUGUUGAGAAAAAUUUGAAAAUUCCUUGCAAUGUAUUAAUGGGUGCUAAUUUGGCCAACGAAGUAGCCGAAGAAAAAUUCUGCGAAACGACAAUUGGUUGUAGGGAUAAACGCUUGGCACCACUACUCAGGGACAUCAUUCAAACGCCAAAUUUCAGGGUCGUUGUGGUCGAAGACUGUGAAGCUGUCGAAGUUUGCGGUGCCCUUAAGAAUAUUGUAGCAUGUGCUGCAGGAUUUGUCAGUGGCUUAGGUUUAGGUGACAACACAAAAGCUGCAGUAAUUCGACUUGGUCUCAUGGAAAUGAUUAAAUUCGUCGACACGUUUUACGGUGGUGCCAAAAUCGCCACUUUUCUCGAAAGCUGUGGUGUCGCCGACCUUAUAACCACUUGUUACGGAGGAAGAAAUCGUAGAGUUUGUGAGGCAUUCGCCAAAUCUAAUAAGUCAAUAAAAGAAUUGGAAGACGAGCUUCUAAGUGGUCAAAAAUUGCAAGGUCCAGCUACAGCAGAUGAGGUGAAUGGAAUGCUGAAGGCUAAAAAUAUGACAGAUAAAUUCCCAUUGUUUACGGCAGUCCAUAAAAUCUGCAUUAAGGAACUGAAACCUGCAGAUCUGAUUGAUCAAAUUCGCAACCACCCGGAACAUACAAUGAGAUUGGAAGGUGUCGUAGAAGACACGGACGAUUAGAAAUUUACUGACACAAAGAAUCAACUUGUCCAUCAAUGUACAGUUUAGCAUAAAAAUAAAUAAAUUCGUAAUAUUGUAAAUAUCUUUCUGAAUUGAUGGAAGAACUGUAUAAAUUGUAAAAAAUAAAAUAAAGAAUCCGAUUGA